AUUUGGCGCACAAUUAGUGCCAAAUUGGGAGCAAAUUGUUAACCAAUUGUUAACAAAUCGUUUGGUCGCCGAUAGACUGGUUGUGGACGCGAUUGUGGUCUUAAUUGUCUCGACAUUUGAUGGAAGAACUGCAAACCUAUUAUCAAAUCCCAUCCAUCGCUCACUUCUGUAAUCUGUUCCGCAAUUUCAUUGAUUUACCGGAUUUUGAUUAUGAGGACUUAGAGUUUGCUUUCAUAUCGUUUCUGUCAUCCAAUGACUCGCCAUUGGAUUCAAUAGAAACGAAUCUCGUCUUCCGAUUGAUUUGUGCUCUUCUUAAGGGAUAUUUCAAUACAAAUAUAAAUGUGACCAAUUGGGAGACCUAUUUGGAGAAGUUAUUUAAGAUUCAAUGGGUGGACAUCGAGAAGAGGAGAUCGCCUUUCGUGGCCUUCGAUGAAAAGGGCGAAGAGAUUGGUCUCAAGUUUAGUGAUUUGCCGCUCAGGACUAGAGUCGAUAUAAUCCACUGUUUGUGUGAUUACCGACUUUUUGCGGACGAUAUCUCUCAGUUGGUUAACGAUAUCAGUGGAGCCGACUAUCGCGUGGAACCGCUUGGAGUCGAUAAUAAGGGUUAUAUUUAUUGGUAUUUUUAUGGGACGCGUCUCUACAGAGAGAACCCAACUGUCGCUCAAUCUCUUGAAUCCAAUUAUAAUAAGUUCGACGAAUCGGUGGCCAAAAGGGCUGAAGAUAUUAAGAGAAACAUUGAAUUAGAGAAACAGAGGGCAGAGCAGGAGCUCAAGAAACAGACACUUCUGGAGGCGAAGAAAAAGAGAGAAUCAGAGAAAAGGAACCGCAGUUUACCCCCAAAAGUGUUGGGCUCUCGGACUGGACUCAGACAGAGAAAGUCAGAGCAGAGUUUGCCAAACGGUGUCAUUACUCCCAAACCUACCUCUAAGGCCAGUAGUGUCUCCAGUGUUGAGUCUAAUCAUAAAAAGUGUGAAAAUGAUUACAAAGACAUAAAAGAGGUUUCUGUGAGUAUUAGACAACGACAGGAAGCGUGGAGUUUGAUCUGUCAGAGCGAACAGGACUGGAAGGACUUGUGCCAGAAGUUCGCAAACAGUAAAAGUAAAUGUGAGAUAGAGUUCCACAAAGUGUUGACCGAUUUUGUGCCACAAAUAUACGAGUUCUUCGAGAUUCAAGAAAGAGAGCGACAAAAGGUUGAGAGACAGAAGCUGUUGGAACUGUUGCCACGAAGACUGUCCUCACGAAUAGAGCUCAAGAAACUGCAGAAAGAGAAGGAAGACUUGGAAGAGGAGGAGACGAGCCGACGAAAGCAGGAGGAGUCGGAGCGCAAGAAUGUGGAGAUAGAGCGCCACCGCAGCGAACGGAUCAGACAAUCGCGCGAAGACAGGGCUCAGAAGAGGCUUCAGUUGGCCGAAGAGCGCGCCGAACGGGCCCUCAAACGCCAACAAAUGGACUUCAAUGAGUUCAAUGAGUUCAAUGAGGUUGACAUGGAUUCGCAACAAAGCCAUCAAAACGCCGACUCCAAUGAGUCUCAACAGCAGCUUCAGUACAUCCACGAGGAAUUUAUUGAUACACCGGUGGUUCCAACAGAUACUUUGGAUUCACUUUAUGAGGGGUUAGAAAAAGUGAUUUGUAAUGUGAAGUCUAAUCGGGACGCCUGGCCUUUUGUGGAACCGGUCGACGGCAAUAAGUUUCCGAUGUAUUAUCAGGUGAUUGAAGAACCCAUUGAUUUGUCUCAAAUUGAGAUGAAGAUUGAGUGCCGCGAGUAUAAGGCGUUUGAAGAAGUGGAGAGAGAUUUUAAGUUAAUGGUCAACAAUUGCGAGACAUUCAAUGGACCCAAAAAUGGGUACACUUUAAUGGCUUAUGGCGUUUGGCGUGCAUUUAAAAGGGCUUCACUCAAGCAUUUAGAGCGAGAACUGAGUGUAGAUGAGAGCAAUGCUUUCAUUUAUCCCCAAAAGUCUAUCAAAAUUAACACAAAACCCGCGAUUGAGGCCAAGAAGAAGAGGAUUCGCAACAAAAGGCGCUCCACUUUUAAAGCACUUAAUGUUUUGGCCGAAGCGGCCGAGAAGGCUGUCGAGGCAAACGAGUCACGACUCAUCAAAACCACUGCCGACACCGAAUGCAUGGACACAACCUCUCCUACGAAUAGCCGUUUGUGUGACACAAACACCACAGUCACCGGUAGUCCUAAUCAGUUAAAUUCAUUGCAAAUUCAUGGCGAUAUGUGGGCUAACUUUCUGUUCAAUGCCAACCAAACCACAGACAAUCAUAACGUUAUUCACAACGUUCCCAAUACUACGACCACUAAUCCAUCAACUCAUGAGAACUUGACAUUUAAAUCGUUGGAUGAAUGGAGUAAAAGUAUCAAACAAAGCGGCAAUUGUAUAGUUUUGCCGCAAAACGCUGUCAUUAUCCCAUCGCCGUCUAAAUUCACUCAUUGCACGAAUGGGACGGUCGUUAGGCCGCAGAUAUCAUUGAAAGUGGUCUCCACUGGCAAUGAAACCAACACUAAUACGAACACUAUUUAUGUGAAUUCAAACAUUUCUAGCAAUGCUUUCACUUCAUCUGUCAUUUCAAACAAUGAAAACGCUCGCAAAGAGUUAGUGAACUCCGAUCCUAAACGGCUUGUCAUCAAAUUGAGUCGAUGCGAGUCCGGACAGGUAUGGAAACCCGUGACACUGAUCACUAGUUCAGCGCAGAAUACGUUCAAUGCAAAUAUAAUAACCCAAAGUAACGCAAUGAAUGGGCAGACCGUUGGCACUACUUUCCUGAGAACCAUUCCCUCGAACUGUAUUCCUGUCAAAAAGCGGUUCGUUAUUCAAAACCCAUUGAAUCAUAAAUCACUUGUCGAUCAAAACCCGGCGCUCACUCUCACCACAAACAGUCCCAUCUCUAACAACUUGAACCAAAUUCCACAGGCUUUUCAUAUCACAGGAAUCCAAACGAACCAAAACUCGAAUGUAAAAGUAAUUCGACUCAAGACAGUGGAUCAGUCGCUCAAUGGUUUCCCCGCCAAUCAAAGUCCUGUUAUUCCCAAAACAGUUCUCAUGCCUUUUGAUAAACCGAUGCCUAAUGGGAACGGUUUGUCUUAAUUUGGAGGACCAUUUAAUUCUCAAAAUUUUGUAAAAAUUCUUCAACUCAGAUUUUUAUCACCAUUAAAGUAAUAAAACGGUUAUUAUUUGCAUUUUUAGAAUUAUAAAAAUCUAUUUAAAACUGAGACU